CUCCAUUCAGAACGCUCGGUGGGGACGAGAAGCGCGUCGGACGACUCAAAGGCCAUCGGCGCCUCGUCUCAACGCGCGAGAGAGGCAAAUUGCGCCUCGCCUCGCUCCCGGGAGUAGAGCAACAAAACACUGCCCAACGCAGCUAUCACUCCCACCCGGCCUCGCGCGAGGCCCACGGACGCACCGGGUGGCGUGAAGGCUAGCGCGCCCCAUCCAACACUAACCUCACAGCACCAAAACCAUGAUCGGCCGCUCGAGCCUCGGCCUCAUGGUCGAGCGCCACCACGACGCGCCGCAGUCGACGGCGGCGGGCUGCCUGCGGCGCGACGGCGGGCCGCGCAUGACGCACGCCAUCCUCAAUCCGUCGUCAGAAGGUUCUACGUGGGGCAACGGACUGCGGGGCUACGACCUGAAAUAUGCAAGACGCGUCCCGCGCGUCCGUAAAUUCGAGUGGGGUUCUGUUGAUGACCACUCCUUCGUGCCUUCGGCGAUGUCGCUGGCUUCUCUGUCUAUUGGUAGCCAAGCGCGAGGCGCUCGGGUCGCGGCCAUCGGGUCCUUUGCCUCUUCGCAGCCUACCUCCUACGCUGAAACCUCUCAGAGGUUGCUGGAGCCCCAAGGCUCGGCCUAUCUAGAGACAAAGCCUUACCCUGUCGAUUUGGCGGAACGCGACAAGCGCGUGGCAAAGCAAUGGUUCUCGCCGAAUCUGAUCGGGAACGUGAAACAGAGAAAACGACGGUACAAGACGCCGGCAUCGCGAGGGGCUUCUCAAUCAAUCAAAGUGCAAAAUAAAGACUACGAUCGCCGCAUCGAGGGCGGCCGCCUCUUCCAGAAGAAGGAGGUGCUCCAGUCGAAUUCGUCGCUCUACGGGAGCAUGUCCGGUAGAACGUCGCAGCCGGGCACCGUGGCCUCGUCGACCGAAGGGUAUAGGAACAAACUCCACGCGAAGCACUCUUCGGAUUUUUUCUUAGAUGAUCCGCCGACCGAGGCGAAAUUGUUCGGUACCGAGGCGGACACGAACCAGAGCGGUUCGGCGCCGACGAAGCGCGACUUACAAGCACUAGCGAGGAUCACGCGGCCGACGGAGGACCUGGCGUUGCUCGGUGCUGCGUUCUUGGUUCUGGUCGAUGGUGCUGCGGAUUUGCGGUGGGGCGCCUUUAGACAACGGGCGAAACAGUCGUCCUCGGCCUCCGACGCUUUGCGUUUACAACCAAAUAGCAUCGACGACGCAAGAAGGCGGGCGCUGCACGCCUUCAUCGACGGGCGCCUCUCCGCGAACGUCUCGAAUUUCACGACGCGGCAAUCGAGAGCGAUCCGCAAGCUCGAGGGCUGGGUCCGCGGGGCGCUGGCCAAGGCCGACGCGCACAUCGCCGACACGUACGGGCCCGCGCGGACGUCUCCUCCAGAGGACCUCGAGACCGUAUAAUAGUACACGU